AUGACGUGUUUCGCGUCUCUUGCGAACCUCGCUUUGAAAUUGAUGACGUAAAAGCUGUCCAAUCACCCAGCCAUUAGCCAACGAGAGUCCGAAUUGGGCGUGUUUAAUUCUGCUGCAUUGUCGGAAGCAGAGGGCAGCAACACAAGCGCAGUUGCAUGGUGUAGAAUUGGGAUAUUUCAAACCAUUUAAAUGCAACAAGACAGAUUUGAAAAGGUGCCGAAGAGCCGGCUGAGGAUGGAGCCUGUUAAACGUGAGGUUCAAGAACAGAACUCCUUAACAGUUCCAAAGCUGGUCCCUGCACUGGAACAUGUGCACGUUAAAGAGGAGGUCAACGACCCUGGACUGGAAACUGAUCCGUUUGCUCGAGACAUCAGUGAGAUCGGGUGUGUCCGUGUUAAACGGGAGGUGCCUGAACUGCAGUGCUAUUAUUUUGCAGAAGAUAUCAGCGAGUUAGGAUCUGUCCAUGUAAUGGAGAUACCCGAGCCAGAGUCUGCCUGUAUUAAAGGAGAGAGGUCUGAGGACAUGCGUGCUAAUGCUGAGACGGAGGGAACUGAACUGGGAUCCACUCGGAGGAAGCAUCAGCUGUCUAGCGAUAAACAGGAUGAAACCUCAUCCAGUCAGCUAACAUUGGCGCGUGAAAGCGAUUCCUAUCCCUGCCCUCACGGCAAAAUCUCUUUCACUGGGAAACAACACCUUGAGAAGCACAGACAGGGCGUGCACCAAGACAAAGACCUUGCAGAGGAGACCCCGUGUUGCUACGUUGAAUGCGGAGAGAGCUUCAGUUCGACGGACACCCUCAAAAACCACGAGCAAGGUCACGCAGGAAAGACCCCGCAUUGCUGUGACGAUUGUGGGAAGAGCUUUAGCCGGUUGGGCCACCUUGUAAAACACCAGCGAAUCCACACAGGAGAGACGCCCUUUCACUGCACUGAAUGCAAUAAGAGUUUCAAAGAGUCAGGCACACUUAAGAAACACCAGCGAAUUCACACAGGAGAGAUGCCCUAUCACUGUACUGCAUGUGGGAAGAAUUUCCGCGAGGCUGGCACUCUUAAAAUACACCAGCGAAUUCACUCCGAAGAAACACCUUACCACUGCACGGAGUGUGGGAAGAGUUUCCGGGAGACCGGCACCCUUAAAAAACACCAACGCAUUCACACAGGCGAGACUCCCUAUCACUGUAGUGAAUGUGGAAUGAGUUUCAAUCAGUCAGGAACCCUGAAAAAACACCAGCGAAUCCACAGUGGAGAGACCCCCUAUCACUGUAGCGACUGCGGAAAGAAAUUUCGACAGACCGGGGACCUUAAAAAACACCAGAGGAUUCACACAGGAGAGACUCCCUACCUCUGCACCGUUUGUGGGAAACGUUUUCGGGAGUCAGGAACUCUGAAAAAACACCAGAGGGUUCACAGUUGAUACAGGAAUGGUUCAGCUGCUGGUUUUGGCGAGAGUCCACACUAAUCCCAGGGCAUUAAAGAACCGAGCUGUGAAAAUUGAAGGAACUGAAUUUAUUCAGCAUGGCACGCAGAUGAAUAAGGGGGACGUGACUGAAGUAUUAAACAUCCUGAAAGAAGCUGACAAAGUUAACCCUAACAGAUACAAAACACAGGAAUCAAGACCAGAGGACACUUAAGUGCAGACAGACUUAGGACAGACAGUAGUGAACACGAGAGUGGUGAGGGUAUGGAAUGGGUUACCGAGCCACGUUGUUGAAUCACUGGGGUUCUUGAAGACCCAAUCUGACAAAUUUGGGAAGGAAAAAAGACUCCCAUUGGACAGCAGUUUGAGCCAUUCCUGGUUUAAGAAGACACACCUGAGCUUGUUAGCUGUGGACUAAUCAAGCUCCCAGUAAAGCCAGGAAUGGGUGAAGCUGCUGACCUAUUCCCAUCCCUGCAGAGUUUUGAGAUGAAUUAAAAAGAUCAGGACGACCUCAUAGGUAUUUUUUUUUUUUUUAAAGGCCCCAAAGUAUUUUUGUUUGAAAAAAUAAUAAAAGGAGGUCAGUUUCUAAUAAGUAUCAUAAAUAUUAGAAUGAAAUGCCAGGUUAUUUACUGCGCGCGUCUCAAUUCGCUGUACUAUACAUACUGUAGCUAUAAUACGCAGGUCAUGAUACAAUGUAUUAUACUCAGGCUGAUUCAUAAAGAAUGCAACACAUGAAUUAAAAAAAAACAAAAAAAAAACACAUUAUUACAGAACAUUGCAUGGGGUGCUGUUGUGUGGCACUGGGUGAGGCAGUCCACGAUUAGUGUCAGUCACUGUCUGUGGAAUCAGACACAAAGAUGCCAUCACUAUUAAAAAUGAAACAAAUCUAUAUUUUUUUUGCGGGGUUUACAUAUAAAGAGAGAACGUGUUCACGGUGCUAAUGCUAAUACAAGGUAAGAAUAUGGAUUCUAAAGUCUUGGUUAGAACUAAGAUGCUAUGAUAGUUACCGUGGGUUCCUGCUGGCAUUACUUAUGAUGUGGUUUUCCCUCCCUCUUUGCUUGUGUGCAAAAGAUGAUUAUUGUAACCCACUGUUUUGUGCAGUGUCUCCGAGACAAUAGCAAAUAAAUACUUCUGAAAUUA